CCAAAAUGCUAACGACUUAUUAUUGUCGUUGAAUUUUUUUCGACGUGGAACCCAGGCGGCGCGGCGCGUUCUUGCCAAGGUUCCUGAUUUUGACGCAACAGAUAUGUCACGUCUUUUCAGAGCGGCAACGACACUUAACAAAAUAGCGUGAUGACAUCACUUUAGAUCGCAUCAAUGAAACCUCCUGUCAUGUUGCGGGUCAAAUUGGGCCAAAGUUCAAAAUACUUUGCGUGUGAACCUUGAUGUAGAACCUUUACGGAGUCCCAAAGUUAAGUUUGGAGGGUCAAGAGAAACGCUUGCGUCGAAUUGACCCAUGAACAUUGCAAGCAAAAUGAUCACGAGUGCAAUGGCGCGCAAAUGAGGACAUGGCCCCAUGUCCAGCGUGGAGACCCAUAUGGUGCUGGUUGGUCUCGGUGGGGGAGGUUGGGUCGCUGACCGCCGCGCCGACUCGUCCCACCGGCUCCAUCAAAGCCCCGGGAGCCUUUGAAGGCUUGAUAGGGAUCAAUAGACGAGGGGAAGCGCUCCUGACGGACGGAGAAGGCCUUUUCAGACGGGGCGGCAACUGCCGGCCGGCCGCCGCUGGCCAAUCCGCUCACGCGUGGCGACACGAGUCGCCAUCGGCGCUGGGGUGCUGCUCGCCUUUUAGCUUUAAGCUUCCCAACUACACGGGUUGGCAAAGUUUGACUGACUGACUGACUGACUGACUGACAUACAAGAACUCUGCAUGUGUGUGAGAGACGCCUUGAGUAGUGGGGCAGGGGGUGGGGGGUCCAUAACAGUAGCAAACAGGCCCAUUUAGGAGAUGAAAGAGCCUGAAUGGAGCCAAUCAAAGGGCAGUCCAGUGGGUGUGUGUGUGUGUUCGGGGUGGUCAUGGACAGGGGGGGGGGCAUCCCCAUGUACUCCUCCUGCAGUCUGCCAUCAUCCCAUGUUGCCAAUGCGAGCCUACGUUGCAAGUGAUGGCGACAGUAUGAAGUCAGGCAAAAAAAGGUUCAAUCCAACUCAACUGUAGGCGGCCAUGAUGGUUUUGCUGUCGCCAAAGCUCCUUUCGAUGUCCGCGGAGGUGCGUGGCUGAGGUGUGUCUAUUGGCAGGAAGGUCGUGGGGGGGGUCUAGACUCACUGGAGCCUCAUUGAGACUGAAUGACUGCACUUGUGAGGGGAGGGUGCCAAGGAAGGGCUGUAGCCUUUCAUGUGCGUAGAGGCGGGCCGCCGCCUAUAAAAACAGCGGUGCGGCCCUCGCCCCCCCACUCCGCCCCUCCAGGAGGACGCUCACUUACCUGAACACACCACAGACGUCAUGAGAGGACACUUUUCCAUUGAGUGGAUGGCGCAAAGCAGCCGGCAGCGACCCGCCGCCAGCGUCAGCGGGGCGGCUCUCGCCGGCGCCAGCACCGAGAGCCUGCCGGGGUUCUACCGGAGGGCCCUUGACGACAGUGGAGGAGCCCCAGCCAAGAGGCCCAAGAUGGACACCAAAAGUGCUCCGGAGGCAGAGGAGGAGACGUCGGGCUACGAGAGCGAGCGGUCCCUCUCGCCGCCGCCGCCGACACCCCCGUCCGGCAGGAGGCCGCGCACGGCCUUCACGGCAGAGCAGAUUGGCAGCCUGGAGCGAGCCUUCAAGAGGAACGCCUACCUGGGCACGCAGGACAAGGCGCAGCUCUGCAGCAAACUCAACUUGUCCGACAAACAGAUCCGAAACUGGUUCCAGAACCGGCGCAUGAAGCUGAAGCGGACGGUGCAGGACGCCCUGGCGGCGCACGCCUGCCAGGCCAGCGCCGCGUCGCGCUUCGGCCCCUACCCUGAGCUGCGGGGGUUCGGGCCGGCGCCGUACCCGCUCUACCACCACCCGGUGCCGCUGCCGCUUCAGGACGACGCUUUGGCUCAGCCGUCGCCGCACAACCUGCAGUACGCCUCGCCUCUGGACCCGCUCUACCGACACGGUGGGGUGCCGGGCGCCGCCGUGUUGCCCGGCGCCGCCGCCACGUCCCCUUCCCCGACUCCGCCUCCUCUGAUGGCAGCCUACGCGGCAUACUACUGACAGACAGACACAGUGGCUCUGUCUCGCUCGGUGGACCUUGGUGUUGUCUUUUUGGUUUGCGUGAUGACUUGUGUAUUUCUCACUCGAUUGCAAUAAAAUGCAGCCAUGCAUGUUGCCUA